UAUCUAAAGAGUAAAUACUUCAUACACAAAUUAUAAUACUAUUCUGUACUAAGAUAUAUACAUAUGUCGAUGAUAAUAAUAAUUUUUAUUUCGUUUUUUUCUUAGGGCUUUUGCUAUAAAAUGCGUUCAGUCUAUGCUCACUUUCCAAUCAACACCGUUGUUACAGAAAAUGGUCAAGCUGUUGAAAUUCGUAAUUUCUUAGGUGAAAAAUACGUUCGUCGUGUUAAAAUGCAACCUGGUGUUAAAAUAACAGCAAGUACAAAACAAAAAGAUGAACUUGUUUUAGAAGGCAAUGAUAUUGAACUUGUCUCACGAUCAGCUGCUCUUAUUCAAAUGUCAACAUCAGUCAAGAAUAAAGAUAUCCGUAAAUUUCUUGACGGUAUUUAUGUCAGCGAAAAAAUACCCGCUGAUGAAGCAUAA